AUAUCCUCCAUCAGUCCAUGAUGAAUAUCGCUGCCCUCCCCGUCGACGUCUUUCUCCUAAUCGCCGCGCAUCUCUCACCCGCGGACAUCGUCGUCAACCGCCGCGUCUCCAAGGGCUUCUAUGCUGCUUUCACGGACUCCGAUGUGUGUCGCCACGUGCUGCUGCAGCACUACCCCAGAGCACGAGAGGUACGGAACGCGGCCCACGAUGGCUCGAUAGAUUGGUCUCGGGUGUUCUCUAAGGUUGCCGCCAGAUAUCAUCAUCUGAGGGCGGGCAAACCAAGGAGCGUCGAGAGGCUUGCUUUGGGAAAGUCCUUUGUCGUACCAAAGUGGGCGCGGUAUUAUCCCGUCUCGCCCUGGCAUCAGCAUUUGCAAUUCGAAGAGAAAGCAGCGCCUUUUCAUUAUCCUGAUCCGCUGUGGACUUACGACGAGGGGAUACUAGUGUUUCCUUCUGCUGAAUUCCAGAAAUAUAUACUAUAUGACCUUGACAAUGGAUCCCUUGCAGAGUUUGAUUUCAAGCCCGAGGGUAAGAUUGUCAGGAGGAUUAGGUUGAAAGAGAAGGUUUUGAUUGUUGAGUGGUGUGAACAAGAUGCUUACCACCAGCUCAACGAAAACGAAGUUGUCUAUAGACAUUUUGCUACCGCAUAUGAUCUUGUACGGAAUGUCCAGGCUGGCAAGUGGGAUGCUAUUUUCCGAAAUGAAUGGAAAAUACAUUUCUUGGGUAUGCCUUUGAACUUAAGGGACCGUUUCUACAGUGCCCACUCUACUUCGCAUUAUGCUUUAUACCUUUGGCAGCCAAAUCGAAGCGCGUGGGGUGAAGAUGAUCCUAUUGAGGCCUUGGCUAUCUGGGAUAUCUCUUCCCCUUCUGGCUAUCGUCCUUCUGAAGAUCCUACUGGUAAAGGUAAACCUGCAAAUGGCUCUGAAGGACCCAAGGUCAUCAGACGCCUUUCUUUCGACGCUUUAGAUUUCUAUGAAAUCAGACAGCGCUCCACGCCGGUGCUUCGAUGUCUAGAACUGGACGGAAACCAUGUUUACUUCAUUGAGGAAGAUCAUAGAUGGCUUGUAGGCCAACAAGCAUCCCACAACCUCCCGCGACUGCAUAAAGUCAAAUCAGUUGGGGUUCCCUUUGCUGUUGGCCCCCGAUGGGAAGAUGAAUGUGGUGCCGAUGGCGACGUGAAUCUAUCAUUUUGCGAGAGGGUCACGGAUUCGAGACAUCCAAGUAUCGCUCCGUGUUGGAGACACGAGGAGUUUCCGUAUCUCACAAUAACAGAAGCAUUUGAUCCCGAAGCCGGUGUUAAAUUCAGCGCCCGUCACUGCUUCAUGCUGGAGACCAUCUCAAUCAAUGUAAAGCCCAAAGUCCGUAUGCUUGGGCCUGGGUACGAGAUUUCAUUGAGGGACGAUUUGUGGCCUCAAUUGCUCGGCAAAGGGAGGAUUUGCGGCGAUGAAAGGUGGCUCAUCGGCGAGAACAUGAGCCAGGAUAUUGUGAUCUUGCAUUUUGAUGAGGCACCAGCGAAGAGGGCUAUAGAUCUGACUUCGUGAUAGAUAGGAUACCUUAUAAAUGUCCCUAUAGAACCCGGACUGCCACCGUAGAACCACGGAAAAGAGAUGGUACUGACAAUCUAGC